UCUAAAGUAACUUUUUCACUUCAACAUUUUCUUAUACACCAACAUAACAUAUCCAAACAGGUCCUAGAUUCUUCAUCAAAAUGGCUUCAAAACGUCUUUUGGAUGAUUCUGAUCAAGACAAACACAAACGUAUCAGAACUACAACAACACCUUCUUUAGCUUCUGUAAUGGGAGAAAUUGUUAUGGUGAGAAAUAUGCAAAACCUUUUCUCUGGCUUGGAACCAUUACUUAGAAGAGUGGUGAACGAAGAAGUGGAACGAGCAAUGAGACAAUGUUAUCCAUCGCGAUCGAUGAUAACAAAGUCACCUUCAUUGAGACUUCAAGCAAUGGAACAUCCAUCAAGUUUUCAAUUCAUUUUCAAAAAGAAGCUUCCUCUUUCAAUAUUCACAGGUAGUAGAUUACUAGACAUGGAUGAAAACUCAAUCAAUGUCAUUCUUGUUGACAAAAGCAAUGGCCAAAAUGUUGCUACAAGUCUACCUCACCCAAUCAAGAUAGAAAUUGUAGUUCUUGAUGGAGACUUUCCAUCUAGUGAAAAGGAAUCAUCAUGGACUAGUGAAGAAUUCAAUAGUAAUAUUGUGAAAGAAAGAACCGGGAAGAGACCAUUGCUUACGGGAGAACUGAAUCUUACUAUGAGAGACGGAAUUGCACCGAUUGGAGAUAUUGAGUUCACCGAUAAUUCGAGCUGGAUUCGUAGCAGAAAGUUUAGAAUUGGUGUUAGAAUUACUCAAGGGACUAAUCAAAAUGUUCGAAUUCGUGAAGGCAUGACCGAACCUUUUGUUGUUAAGGAUCAUCGCGGUGAAUUGUACAAGAAACACCAUCCACCAAGUCUAAAUGAUAAAGUGUGGCGUUUAGAGAAGAUUGGAAAAGACGGAGCUUUUCACAAAAAAUUGACUUCAGCAAAGAUCACAACAGUUCAAGAGUUUCUCAAAUUAUCUGUAGUUGAUCCUCAUAGACUAAGAAAGAUAUUAGGCAUUGGAAUGUCAGAGAAAAUGUGGGAUGCAACAAUGAAACAUGCAAAGACUUGUGUAAUGGGAAACAAACUUUAUGUCUACCGUGGUCCUCAACUUACCAUUUAUCUGAAUGCCAUAUGUCAAAUGGUUAGAGCUUAUAACAUCAAUGGCCAAACCAUUCCCAACAGAGACAUUAGCAACAUCAACAAGCAGAACUACAUGCAAAAUUAUGUGAGAGAAGCAUAUGAUAGAUGGAAUGAGUUGGAAGAAAUUGAAGAAGCUUUGAAUGAUAAUGUUGCUUUGUUAACUCAAGGUGAAAGUGUGGAACGAUUUCAAAACAAUAAUCAUCAAGCAUCAUAUGAGGAGAAUGACUUUUUUGUUGAUAAAUCUGGUUGCAUAGAAUGGUCACCAUUUGCCACGUCAUCGUUGUUGAAUGGAAUAGCUUAUAGCUUCUCGGGAGCAAUCAUUGAUGAUGGAACCUUAAGGUGGCAUUAGAAAAAAAAUUGUAAUUUGACUUUCAUAUAUAUAAGGGACUAGUUGAGAUGA